AUGAUCGCGUUCUUUGAGCUGGAAUGCUCCUGCACAGCGCCAGAAGAGGUUGUCUUUUUAGUUGGCUCGGGCACUGCCCUCGGCAGCUGGGAUAUGUACCAUGGCAUCAUCUUGGAGACCAGUCCAGAGCGAUUUCCUUGGUGGUACACCACGGGCCCAGUGGUCAUCGAAAGUAUGCAUGCAGACUUCCAGUUCGCCAUUUCAGAUCGGUCUCUGAGUGUAGUGCGGUGGGAGGGCUUGCCAUACCAUCGGCGGCUGCAGUGCCGGCAUCUAAGAAGCAAGGAUGGCCAGCAGAUGGAGAUGGUCUUUCGAGCGAGCUGGGAGGAUCCGAAGAGUACUGUGACGAUCCGUCCGUCGAAGCUGCCAUUUUUGGAGGCUCGACCAGUGCCCGGCGCUUGCGAAAGGCGGGCGGAAGUGCUGGGUACACACCAUGGCCAACAGAGAGCUCGUGCCGA